AUGGCCGCCAUUACACGAGCGGCCAUCACCGGAUGUCCGAAAAAACUGUUGCCUACUUGGCGGCGGCUCAAUCCCAUCAUCGCCAUAUCCAGCUACAGCGUGGAGCCCUACGGAGACGGAACGGAUGCCCCCGUCUGCACCACCGCCGCCGACGGCUUCUGGCCGAUCUUCUACUUCGUGGGCAGCAUCACGGUGUUCUUCUUCCUGCCCUUCGGCAUCCUGCUCCUCCUGUACGCCGCGAUCGCCUACAAGCUGCUGCGUCCGAACAACGCCUUCCACCGGCCCACCUCCCCGCAGCCUCUGCCCCAGCAGCCGCCGGGAGGCACUGCAUCCGCCCAGGCGCCCAGCUCCAAGGGCAACAGCCACCAGCAGAGCAACGGGAUGCGGAAGCACCGCAAGCAGGUCAUCUUCAUGCUGGUGGCCGUCGUCUCCAGCUUCUUCGUCUGCCUGCUGCCCUUCCGAGCCUUCACCCUGUGGGUGAUCCUGGCUAGCGCCGAGGACGUGGAGCACCUGGGCAUCGCCGGCUACUACAACCUGCUGUACUUCUCGCGCUUUAUGCUCUACCUCAACUCGGCCAUGAACCCCAUCCUGUACAACCUGAUGUCCUCCAAGUUCCGCAGCGGCUUCUGGCGGCUGCUGCUGAGUUGCUUGGGCCAGAGGCCGCAUCACCACCAUCACCGCCACCACUACCACCAGCGGCAAAACCCAACGGCGGGCGGAAGUGGACGCACUGCGUCGAGGCGGCAGGAGCAAGAUGCCGAGGAGGGAGCCACGCUGGCGGGUUCCACCGGUACGCGACAUCCACGUCGCACUCUCCGCCGCGAGGCCACCUUCCUGAUCAACUCCAUAUCCACCUCCUCGGGCACGGAACGCACCACAUCCUCCUCCGCGUGGCGCAGCAACAGCCUCUCCAUUUCCGGCCUGAGCGAACGGGAACGGGGCAUCCUGGGAGCCGCCAUCAUCGGGACGACGGCCGCCACCGUUACAACCGCCUGCCUGCAGGAGCGACGGGCCAGCAAGAUCUGA